GGGGAGACAGAAGUCUCCGUUGGUGAAGGACUUCGGCACUUCAGUGGGACAGAGGGACAACAGUAUUGAAACUGGGGCUUCCCAGGCCUCUGUAGCUGGGGGUGAGGAAGACCAUGGCACCCAAGAGCAGAGGAAAGCAGGUCAGCCCAAAAGGACCUUUUCCAGUUCAUUAGGAUGGCAAAUGUUUGCUAAGUGCUUUCCAGAUGUUGGAUCCUCUUCUACCUGUGGGGCAGGGCUUCUAAGUGCGGAGACAGAAGAGAACUCAGAAAUCAUGGAUUAAAUAAAUAAGAUCAUUUCACUUAGGAAUAAAAGUUGGGGACGCCAUAACCUGGGGUCCUGUGGGGGGAGCACUGGGGGCUUCUCCGUGGCAGAAAGUACAUUUGAGCUGAGAGCUGUACACAGGUCCAGGCAGAGGCCUCAGUAUGUGAAGGACUCUGGCCAUCGGGACCUUGAUGUGUUUGAGAAACAUAAAAUGCUGGGAAUGGACAGGAGCCUGGCUUUGGAGCCUGGUAGGAAAUGGUUCAAAUCCCAGCCCUGCCCUAGCUGGCUGUGAGACCCUGGAUAAGUCGUCUUACCUCUCAGUGCUUCAGUUGCCUCUUCUGGAAAAUAGGUUUCACCAUCUCAGAUUUAUAGGACUGAAGUAAUGUGGAAAAGUGCUGAGCUCAUAGUUUGUGCCCUCUACACAGCGGUUGGUAAAAUAAUAGCUAGUCUUUAUCAAUCCCUUGUUGCAUGACAGGCAAGGUUCUAAGUUCGCCCAUGUAUAAACACACUGGAGAAGAUUUUUACAACUGGUGGCCCCAAGAGGGGACCACAGGCCUGUCCUGGGAAGUCAGAGCAGGUCUGAAGCAAGCGCUCUGACUCUGGGCCUGGAGCUUUUUCCAAAGAGCCCAGGGGCUUAGAAUCCAUGCUCCAGGAACCCAGUUCCUGCCUCCUUCUCCAUGGGCCUUGGUUUCCUUUCCAGAGGCCUCUGGGUGCCCACAGACUUCUGCAGACAGCUGGAAAUACCCCCAGGAAUGCGGCCAAACCGUCCCGUCAGGAGGACUUGACAGACUUGAAAGUUGGCUAAGACUACAGGAGUCACUGUGGACCUCAGCUUGCCCGACUCCGUGAUGACUGCAGGCAGAGCGGCUUCUAUGGGGCCAGGAUGUGUGCUCAUUUUGAACAUCUAGGACAGAAGGUUGGGGACACAGCAGUGACCACUAACAGUGGCCACCUGCCCUGCUGGAAUUCACAGUCCAGUGGGGAAUGAACUUAUUGGCAGUGACAACCCAGAGUGCCCGAGCCCUGAUGAGGCUAAGCUAUGGCUACCGUGGCCGCGACUGCAGGGCCAACCUUCACCUGCUGCCCACGGGGGAGAUCGUGUACUUCGUGGCCUCCGUGGCCGUGCUGUACAGCGUGGAGGAGCAGAGGCAGCGGCACUACCUGGGACACAAUGACGACAUCAAAUGCCUGGCUGUCCACCCGGAUAUGGUCACCAUCGCCACAGGACAGGUGGCAGGCACUACCAAGGAGGGGAAGCUGCUGCCACCCCAUGUGCGCAUCUGGGACUCGGUAUCCCUGUCCACCUUACACGUGCUGGGCCUGGGGGUGUUUGACCGAGCUGUGUGCUGUGUGGGCUUCUCCAAAUCUAAUGGAGGCAGCCUGCUGUGUGCUGUGGACGAGUCCAACGAUCACAUGCUCUCCGUGUGGGACUGGGCCAAGGAGGCCAAGGUGGUGGAUAGCAAGUGCUCCAACGAGGCUGUGCUGGUGGCCACCUUCCACCCCACCGACCCCAGCCUGCUUAUCACCUGCGGGAAAUCCCACGUCUACUUCUGGACCCUGGAGGGCGGCAGCCUGAGCAAGCGGCAGGGCCUCUUUGAGAAACACGAGAAACCAAAGUACGUGUUGUGCGUGACCUUUUUGGAGGGUGGUGACGUGGUCACUGGAGACUCCGGGGGGAACCUCUAUGUCUGGGGCAAAGGUGGAAACCGCAUCACACAGGCAGUGCUGGGUGCGCACGAUGGCGGCGUGUUCGGGCUCUGCGCCCUGCGGGAUGGGACGCUGGUGUCCGGAGGGGGCCGCGAUCGGCGGCUGGUCCUCUGGGGCUCUGACUACAGCAAGCUGCAGGAGGUGGAGGUCCCUGAGGACUUCGGCCCUGUGCGCACCGUGGCAGAAGGCCGGGGGGACACGCUGUACGUGGGGACCACCCGCAACUCCAUCCUGCAGGGCUCCCUGCACACCGGCUUCUCGCUGCUCGUGCAGGGCCAUGUGGAAGAGCUGUGGGGCCUGGCCACACACCCCACCCGUGCACAGUUUGUGACCUGCGGGCAGGAUAAGCUGGUGCAUCUGUGGAGCUCAGAGUCUCAUCAGCCACUAUGGAGCAGGCUCAUAGAGGACCCUGCGCGCUCAGCUGGCUUCCAUCCCAGUGGCUCUGUCCUAGCGGUGGGCACAGUGACUGGCAGAUGGCUGCUGCUGGACACCGAGACCCAUGACCUGGUGGCUAUCCAUACAGAUGGCAAUGAACAGAUCUCAGUGGUCAGCUUCUCCCCAGACGGGGCGUACCUGGCCGUGGGCUCCCACGACAACUUGGUGUACGUGUACACGGUGGACCAGGGCGGCCGCAAGGUCAGCCGCCUGGGCAAGUGCUCGGGACACUCCAGUUUUAUCACCCACCUGGACUGGGCCCAGGACAGCAGCUGCUUUGUUACCAACUCCGGAGACUACGAGAUUCUGUACUGGGACCCGGCCACCUGUAGGCAGAUCACCAAUGCAGACACCAUGAGGAAUGUGGAAUGGGACACAGCUACGUGUGUCCUAGGGUUUGGGGUGUUUGGGAUCUGGUCAGAGGGGGCUGAUGGCACUGACAUCAACGCCGUGGCCCGUUCCCAUGAUGGCAAGUUGCUGGCUUCGGCUGAUGACUUUGGCAAGGUCCACCUGUUCAGCUACCCCUGCUGUCAGCCCCGAGCUCUCGGCCACAAAUAUGGUGGACACAGCAGCCAUGUGACGAAUGUGGCCUUCUUGUGGGAUGACAGUGUAGCCCUAACCACAGGGGGCAAGGACACCAGCGUGCUGCAGUGGCGGGUGGUGUGAACCCGGGGUCCCAGGGACGUGGGGCCGGGGUAGAAUCAGGUGGCAGGGCUGGGACUCUAUUUUCGGGAGAUGUCUAUUGCCGAGUAGAAUAAUAUAUACCCAGAGUUCGUCUAUAGCAGAGGGGGUUAUGGGGUCGGGGGUGAACUGACAGACAGAAGUCUCUAUUUAUCGGGGUGGGAAGAGGGGUCACAGUGCUUUGCCGCCAUUGGUGUUUGGUUUGAGGUGUUUUUUUAAGUUUAUUCUUUUAUAUCAUCCAAAAAUAAAGAUACAUGCACUGA